CCCCAAACCUUUCCACAUUCGACCAUCCACCGCAUCACCGAAAACCUACGCUUCACCGAAAUCCCAAUCUCCAGACCGGUGUCGGAGCCUCAACUUUCGCUUUAGAGAUGUUCGCCGGAUAAAGAUUCCCAAAUACUAAAAUGGGGUCACGCGUGGAAGGAACUUGCGAUAAGCAAAAUAAAGGCAACAAGGAACAAUUCAUAUGCUGUACAUUCCGUCUGAACCCUGAUAAGAGGAAAGAUAUCUGUUUGGUAAAGCGUACCGCUAACUGAUGAGUUAACGUAGACGCUUACUAUACAAAAAAAAGGCUUUUGAAAACGGCCGAAAAUGGCGAUAGUUGCAAAGUGAAAACUUAUGCUGAUGAUUCGGCGAAUUCUGGCCGUUUUUCUUUUUUUCUUUUUUGUUAUCUAAUCUGCUGCGACCCUUGUUCGUGAAGUUCUAUGAAUGUUUACUGCUGGUAACCAUUUGAAGCAUUGUGGACUUCUCCUUCUCUGUAACAAUUUUUUGUACAGGCGCAAUUCUCUCUUUAGUUUGAAGGUAGUCUUUACAAAGGCAAUUUGGCUUCUCUUUAUGCACCGAUAUAAAUAAGGAGAGCUUGUCUAGUACAUAUUCAUCUUCUUAUUCAGCUUUCCUUCUAUGCACAUAUUACCCAAACACGCACAAAUGGCAACAAGUGGCCUUGUUAAUUCUUUCUUUGUCAUCUAUUUGGCCUUCUAUUUUCUGGGUUUUCAAGAUUCUGUGCAGGGACGCUUGCUAUCUACCUCGAAACCUGAUCCAAAUGCUGCUGCUGCUAGUGCUCGUUGGUUGGUCUCCCAGAAUUCUUGGGGGGUUUUGAACACCCUCUCAACUGAAUUGGGUGGAGCGCCCUUUGGGAAUGUUGCUUCUUUUAGCGAUGGACCGUAUGAUAAAGGUAUUGGCAUCCCAUACUUCUAUUUGACAGCUCUUGAUCCAACUGCAAGGAAUGCAUUAAAAGACCCGAGGUCGUCCUUCACAAUGAGUGAGUACCCUUUAGGAACUUGUGGCAAGACAGAUCCUAUGAAUCCAACAUGUGCGAAGAUCACGCUAACCGGAAAGUUGCUAGAGCUCAAGGAAAACUCUGAAGAAGCUGAAUUUGCUCAGAAUGCCUUGUUUACAAAGCAUCCAGAGAUGAAAGACUGGCCCAAGGAUCACAGCUUCCAGUUUUACAAAUUAGAGAUUGAAGAUAUAUUUUUGAUUAAUUGGUUCGGUGGUCGUAAGCCUCUCACGGUGGAUCAGUACCUGCAUGCAUCCUAAACUAUGAGUAUUAAUUGGAGCAGUCUUUACCAUGUUUACAUAUACUGUCAAUAUAUAUAUAAAAGUGCUGCUGGAAAUAAACGCAGUUUCUGUAGUUUGUUAACUUUUCUUCAGAAUCAUAAUAAUA